AUGGAAAAUCCAUUCGAGGACUUGCGGCCGGCGCUCCGCAGCGAGGAGGACGAGAUUCGCAAAGGCGUUUUCAGUCAGGCCCUGCGCAACCUCCAGCAGGCGUCCUUGGAGGAGCGCCGUAGAUGGUGCAAGGCGAUUCGCGAGGCCACGGCACGGGGCGGCGCAAAGGCCAAGAAAAAGGCUACGACCGCUGCUGCGGUUGCCGAGUUGUCCGGCAAUAUCGCCCCCUCCGCGCCCGUAUCCUCUCCUCCACAACGCACGGCAAACACCAGCGCGGCCUCAGCCUCGCCUCCGACGCCCUCCGCACUUACGGCAGCGCAUUCCACCGAAGAGACCGAUGUUGCGGUUGGUCAGAAACGCGCACGCAGUGAAGGCGAGGCCUCUCCGACCGCCGCCCCGGCAAAGGCCCUCGGUGGGCCGCUAGACGGCGCGCCGCUGCGUUGCGCGCCACAGGCAUUGCAGACGAUGCCCGAGUCAACUACUGUGGGCUCGCAGCCAUCUCCUACCGCCGCUCUCGCCCCAGCAGAUGGGGAGCCGUCAGCAUGUGCGGCUGCAUCCGACCCGGCCGCCGAAGAAACGGAGGAAUCGGUGAAGGAGUGCAUUGCGGCGUACAUGCGUAGCCUCCUCGACCGAGUCGUUGGUACCGGUAUCGACAACCUCGCUGUGCCGGCCCUCAAGGUGCUGUGCAUGAUGCUGGGCAUUCACACGGAGGUAUCUAGCAAGCUGGGCUUGUACAGCAUUCUUGCUGACUUCUACUUUAGCAAGUGCGUAAAGCUCGGCAAACGGGUGAGCCGCGACACGGUUUUCGAGCGGCAUGUGGAACAGGAGGUGAGCAUGCUGAGGCGGGUGGCGUCAGCGUCGUCCUCAGUCGGCCGAGCAGAGAAGAAAGUGGCGGCAGCGGCGCCGGGGAAGGCUGCCGUGACGGUCGCAACGUCAGCCGCCACCCUUGCCGACAAGGUCGCAAAGACGGAGGUGAAGAAGGACCAGGCGGUGGUGCGGAAGAAAAUGUUUUCAGCCCCGCUCCCCAAUCCCAGCCGCGCAGCGAAGGCGGUGCCGCAAGCCGACCCGGUUACGGAACACUAUCUCAAGUACGAAGACUACAACGACAACACCCUUGAAGACGACGCGGCGGUGGCAGCGCCGGCGAGCGAUCACGCAUAUGGCGGCGACAUCAUUUACCAGCAGCCGGUGUUCGCGCGGCCAAACAACAAGACAGCCUCGCGGUCGCACAUGGCCAAGUAUGAGGGGUCUGGUGCAGGCGGCGAAGAGGAGGAUUCGUGGUCGUUGCCACUGCUAGAGCGCAAAGUCGCCUCCAUUGUGCAGCUGUACGACCCUGUGACGGUGGCCAUUGUUGUGAAGAAAUUAUCGCAGAUGGGGUACCGCGACGGCGGUGCCGAGUCGCGCGUCGAGCAGAUUUUGCGACGCUUCCAUGACCGUCAGCUAAUCUUUUAUGACAACGGCAUCGCCUACCUUAUGUGA